AUGACCAAAGGUUGCUACACCUGCCGACGACGUCGCAUCAUCUGCGACAAUGGUCAACCGACCUGCCGGAAGUGUCGCGAUGCAGGGAAGGAAUGUCUAGGGUACCAAAAACCGCUUGUCUGGGUCAAAGGUGGUGUGGCUAGUCGAGGGAAGAUGAUGGGCCGCAGCUUCGAUGAUCCAGAGAAACCACCGAGCAAGCCGAAAUCCCAGGAAGCCUCCAAGGCACACCAUUCAACCGCGGCAAACCGCGGGUUUGGCUUUUUCUCUCUCGCCGAAUCCCAGUCCCCCUCCGAUGUCGAAUCGCAUAGCUCCGGGAAUCAGCCUAGCCCGGAGGCCGAUGGCUGGGCCUUUGAGACGGACAUUGCAAUCGUUGGGGACGAAAUUGCGCAAAUGGGAUUCAACUCGACCGAAGAGCAGGAUUCCGCAGUCGUUCAUGUCCCUCGAGGCACACCCCCCGCUGAUUAUACUCCAACGCCGUGGGGGCUAGUAGAUCCGCUUCUCAAAGAUCUAAGCCAGUUCUCCAGGUAUUAUGUUCAUCACUAUAAUCAAUAUAUGGUGAAUGACUUUGCGCUCUACUCCCAGCACAAAAAUCCUUUUCGGGAUCUUACUGCGUUGGUUAAUCACUCCCCAGUACUUGCGCACAGCAUCACAGCUCUUGGGGCCCUUCAUUACUCCCUUCUCUCGGAUUCGGACUCCUCCCUACUACCAUGGUCAUCGGGUAACGUGGCCAUGGCACAUUCGAACUUGUCAGUUGAAGAAAUUGAAGAAAUCGUUGCCCCGGCAAGUUCUCGGAAACCCUCAUCACAAGCAUAUCAGCAUUUCUUGGAAUUCAAACAGCGCGCCCUUCGCCAAUUAUCCCUGGACCUCCAGAAUCCGGCAAUGCAGAGAGACGGCAGAACACUAGCUGCUAUCGUUCUGCUUGCCUUUUUGGACAUUAUUGAAUCUGGUAGCGGGGCUUGGAGCUACCACAUCGAAGGCGCGAAAAAACUUCUCAAAGAACGGCCUGAGAAUGGCCUGGGACAGGGAAUUCUUGAUGACCUGGACGCAUUUGCGCUUGACGGGUGUCUAAUAAUGGAAAUCAUGGGAUCAACGCUAGCUCGUCCAGGCGCACUCUCAAAGCCCUUCUACUCCUCAUCCAUGGGACCCUCCAUCCUAAAACGCCUAGAAGAAAACUCCUGGGUAGGAUGUCCCGCCUACCUCCUAGAAGUGAUCUUCUUCGUACACGCCCUCUGGUAUCCAGACUCCGAAGUAGCCGCCGCAACACCGCACCCAACAGCCCUCCCAACCUCAAUCCAGCCAGGACAACCCCUCACCCUAGAAACCUUCGCUAGCCUCCUCCAGGGAAUCCGCAACUUCGACCCCAUAGCCUGGAGUCAAGACAUGCAAAAUGUAUUUUUCAUCCCAGACCUCACCUAUCGUCUUGCCCUGGCAACCUCCUACCAAGACGCAGUCUAUCUAUACACAAGCCGGGUGCUAUCCCGCUCGCGCGAAGGAUUCUCGCCCCCAUGGACAGACGUCGGCAUGCCUGCCGACCACCGGCUUAUAACUACAAACCUUAUUACGCAGAUCUGCCUCAUCCCCGCCUCGGAUCCGCAUUUUAAGUGUCUCAUUUGGCCGACUUUCAUCGCCGGCGCGGAGUGCCGCCCUUCGCAGCGGGCUCUUAUCCUUGAAAAACUGGGCUCGCUCUACGAGGCUCUUACCAGUGUCAAUGUUCGUAAUGCUGCGUGGGUGCUGCGUCUUAUGUGGCAGAAGCAGGAUCUUAAGCGUCGUGAGCGUGCGGGUGAACACACCCUUCCCGAUGAGAAUGCUAGGGCUGAUGGUGGCUAUGAUAAUGAUGAAGAUCUCAUGUUUGACUGGAUUGAUGAACUGGAUCACUCGCGCCUUGACUGGCUUUUUAUCUAA